CAUCGAUGUGGAUCGAUGUGGUUAUGGAAGGUGUCACUAUUCGAGCUCGGCGUGACAGCUAUUAUGUUAGGUAUUACCAGAUCGAGAUCAGCCCCGAAUCUCAGCGUGAGAACAUAUUCCUAUCCAUCCUUUGAAUCCUUUGUGAGCCGACAUGGCGACGACUCGUGGCACACGUGGAGCCACAUCUCCGAGGACAAGGUCUCGUAUCCGGUGCGCGCGGAUCAAGCCACCUCCUUCACACAUCCCAUAUUGUACCGGAAGCGUUCCGCCCUCUAUUUCCGGUGUAUUGUGUUCGUAUUGCUUGGCAUCCAGAUGGCCCUCGGCUCGCUCCAGUGGGUGUUCACGACGUAUCGCUGGCGUCCCCAAUUCACCCAUGAGGAGCGCAGUAUGUCCGUGAUCCUCUUGCUCCUGUCCUGGAUCAACCUGAUACUGGCCUUCAUCGGCUUCCGGCGGCUGCAGUUCACCUUUCCGCUCAACUGGAUCGUCUUCGCCAGCGCCUUCGAGAGCCUGACCUUGCUGGUGAUGUGCCUGCGUCUCAUCGAGCUGGAUCUCACCUGGCCGUUUAUGCUGUUCGGCUUCGUCGUUGUGGCCUACUACACCCUCCUGGGAAUAUGGGUGCCUAGCAUGCUGACCGCCAACCUCUGGAUCCUCAUCGUGGCCAGCAUUGUAGUGGUGAUUACAUCCGGUGUGGCGCUAUUCAUACGCCUGAAAAUGCACUACUACGUGCCCCUCAGCUUCUGCCUGGUCCUGUUCGGUCCCUGGGCCAUGUACAACUCGCAGAAGCUCUUCGUGUCCCACAUGCGGGAGGCCUACAUGACGCACCAGUACCUGGAGGCGGCGGCCAAGAUGUACACCAACUAUGCGAUUACUGUUUGGGCUUUGGUCUACCUCUACCACCUCUCCGACGAAACCUUGGAAAACCCCUGAUGGGAGAUGAUCUAUUUGCAAUUCGGGGCUGGUAUUCUUUUGCAAUAAUACCUAUAUUUAAAGCUGUCAUGUUACGAUUUGCGAAAAGCCCUUCUUAAAUAUCAUUAUCCUUAUUUGUCAAAAUUUGUAAGUUUGUAAGUCUGUAAAAAUUGUGACUUAUUGUAUAGAAAACGUAAAGCCCUCAAAGAUGUUCCAUCAGUCUUU